AUGGAGAAACUGUAUGAGGUGUUCCCUUGUUCUGAAGUCCAGAAAGUCCUCAUAGCCACCUAUACUCUGAAGGAAGAAGCCCGAAGGUGGUGGUUACUGGUUCGAAAUGGCCACGAGAAUAUGACAUGGACUCAAUUCAAUACAAUUUUCUAUGAUAAGUACUUUCCUCAGUGCUUCCGAGACCGGAAGGUUUCAGAAUUCCAGGAACUCAAACAAGGCAGAAUGUCUGUAGCCAAGUGCGAGGCUAAGUUUACUGAGCUGGCCAGGUUUGCUCCUCACAUGGUAGACACAGACUACAAGAAGGCCCGCAAGUUUGAGGGUGGGUUGGACCUGGACAUACUGGAUAGGGUGGGAGUCCUGAACCUACCCACGUACGUGAACGUUUUGGAUAGGGCAUUAAUGGCAGAAUCCAUCCUAGCUGCGAAGAAACAAACCCUCGCCCCACGAACUGAUUGGACGGGGAAAAGAUAUGGAAACAGUUUCAAAAAGGGUCGUUCAUUUUUUGGGAAUAAAAGGCAAAACACAGGAUCUUAUAGUAGCUAA